AUGCUCGUUUUCCUCGUUCAGUUCGUCAUCCGCGGCUGCGCAGCCAUCGUCACCACCGGCACAGAUGCAGAAGAUCUCAGUCAAUUCUCGCGGGGCGCCCCAAUGUGCCCAGAUCAGAUAGGAUGGCCCCAAGUGCCGGCGCCCCUCGCGUGCGACGACCCUGCGUGCGGGGGCAUUUCCUGGGCAGUCCCUCCCUAUCGCUGCCGUCAACGCGAUGGCGUCAUGUUUGGGAACGAAGUGUUUGGCUGUCGCUGCUGUCCGCGCCUGGUGGAUUGCGACGACCCAAAAUGUGCCGGCAGCCCCAACGAGGAGAUUUGUCGGUCGGAACUCCUUGAUAGCUGUGUUUGUGUCGCAUCCAACCGAAGAGCGGCCCCUCCUACAAGCGCGCUACUCGACGCGGCUACUGCCGCGGAAAUCGACGACGUAUUAGCAGAAUUUACCCUAUACGAAUCAUUGAACAACGACGUUGGAGCGAUAACACCGAGUAGCAGGAAUUGUCCACUCGAUCCUCCAGUUAGGUGUCUUGAUCCCCAAUGCCGCGGAUCAGACGAUUGGAAGACCGAAACGUCGUCGACCCCACGAUGCAAUCAGGCGGAUGGCAAGCUUGUCACAGAUGGCACCGAAACAGCCCUACACGGCUGUCCCUGCUGUCCUGAAUACAUCGCCUGCAGCUCCACCGACUGCAAUGGAGGUGCAAACCAGGCCUAUACUUCUUUUCCCUUACAUGGGUGCUUCUGUGACUGGCCUGGCCGCGGACCUAUACUCACUUGCUCCGAUGGGCUUGACGUUUUAAUCAACGACGCCGAAGCAUUUCUUGACGACCCAGAUUAUCAUCCUUUCGGCGGUCAGAUUUUAUCCGGUACUGCAGUCUCCUUCACAGCCAGUUCGAGCAUGUUUUAUGAGGCCAGACCUCUUGCAACCCAAAGGAGCACUGUGCCGGUCCUUCCGCAGAACCUUACCCGGAUGAAUUUGUUGUCAAGUAGACAAGAAGCCUUUGGCCUACUACAGAAUGGCAGUGUGUUCGUAAUGCCCGACCAUUUCAAACCCACGUAA